AUGGACAUGCUACCUCUUGCUCAUCAUCUCUUUGUUCUUGUGUUCUUGAUUUUUCUCUUCAAUACUGUUGAUGCUCAAUUAUCAAAUUUUGAAGACUCAGAUGAGCCUUUGAGAAUCUGCAAGUAUGAAAGAUUUUCUGAGGUAAAAAGGGAAUGCAGCUCCUUUUUGUCUUCAGCCUCUGAAUUGAAACUUGAGAAGGAGAAAGCCUAUGAAAUUGCAACUGAGCUCUCCUUUGUAAAUGGAGACUGGGUGCAAGAGGCUGGUGGAGCACCAUUGAUGCCAUUUGAUGAUAGUGACAUGCCUAGGAACUUUUCAAGUCCUGGAUCACUCCUAAAAUUGGUUUCUUUCUGGAUGAUGGGCAUUGAUUUUUCUCGUCAACUUGAAAAUGCAAUCAAUAUCUGUGGAUAUUUGUCUAUAGCCAUAACAAGGAAUAGCACAUUGUCCAACAGGCCAGAGAGUUGGACCCCAUUGUUCUUUAAAAGGCCAGGAGUAUCUGAAUUGAGAAUCCCAUUUGAAGGGCUUUAUAUGGAAUCUGAAGAAAAUGAAGGGGAACGUUUGAUGUGCUUGUUAGGGACUUCAAUUCCUCCUUUCUCAGAGGGCUCUUCUGAUCCUUUAAAAUCGUCAAUGCCCUACAGGUCUGGGUGCAAUGACCAGUUUUCCCUCUUAAUGGAUGAUCGAAUUAUGCUGGUUCUUCGGUUCCCUAAAAGAUAUACUUUGACUAACAGAGCAAUCUAUGGAGAAAUGAGAAGUCUAAACGAAAACUCGAACCCAAAUUAUUUUGAUAGAGUUCAUAUGUCAUCCCAGUUGGGUUUCAACUCAAAGUAUCUAUUUGGGUCAGAAAUGGUUUUGUCCAAAGCCCGUGAUCUGUACCCGGACCAACACGAACUGAUAGAUAAUGGAGUCAAGUUUGAAGCGUUGCAGUUUUGUAAACUUCUCCGCAUGUUUGAAGGAGAAACAUUUGACAUUGUUGAAAACUCAAGGUGUGAUGGUAAAGGGGAGAAUUGCAAUAAUUUAGACCCCUUUGUGCUAGAAAGUGAGGUUAAGGGCAUCAAUGGGAUUCCACCCAAGUUUAGGCUCAUGAUGAACAACUUGCGUUGUGUGUCAGGAGACAAUGUCAACGAGCCCAAAACUGCAAAAGCUUCUGCAGUCUUUAGAGCAUUUUCUUCUGAAAAUCGGUUCACAGCAGGAGGGAGAACUGGUGUUUCUGGAAUGACUAUUUCUGCUGAAGGAACAUGGAAUUCUUCAAGUGGACAAUUCUGCAUGAUUGGAUGUGUUGGAUUCACCAAGACUGGGUCACAUGGAUGCAAUUCUCAAAUCUGUUUGUACUUUCCUGCCACAUUUUCCAUCACCCAACGGAGUAUUAUCUCUGGGACAAUCUCAAGCCUGCAAAAGAGAGAUUCUCACAAUCCCUUAUGGUUUAGAAAGGUGCUGCGUCGUCUGGAUCUUUGGAACAGUUACAACGAUUACAGCAACUCUUAUUUGUCAUACAAGUAUUCAAAGAUUGAGUCAGCCAGCAUCCUCUUGAAGAGGAAUGAGAAGUUCAAUUUGGGAACCAUAAUGAAGAAGUCAUUUAUGAAGUAUCCAUCUGUGGAAGAUAUAAACAACAUAACCAGUGUUUCCCUCCUAUCAGAUAAGCUGGGUUUUGGUGCCUAUGCUCUUCCAGAUCCUUUACCCAGCAACCAUCCUCCAAAGACCUAUGUUGGGUUGGAGGUACUCUCUCUAGGUUCAUUGUUUGGUCGUUAUUGGCCAGAUUGGAGCGACUCCUAUCAGACAGCAGAGGCUAAAUUACUUAACAAUUCUGAUACCACCGAACAAAAUCAAAAUCGACUCUUGAAUGUUUCAGCUUAUCUCACCCUUACUGGAGAAUCCUAUGGUCAUAUCUCAAUGCUAUUCUUGGAGGGUCUUUACAAUCCACUUGAUGGGAAGAUUUUCUUCAUCGGUUGCAGGGACGUCCCAGUGUUUCAGGAGUCCAUCAUCAACAAUCCAAGCCUGGAAAGCAGGAUGGACUGCUUAAUAGAAGUGACAGUAGAGUACUCAUCCAAGACCACCCGUUGGUUGAUAAACCCAACUGCCAAGGUCUCUAUUACCAGCCAAAGGAAUGAGAAAGAUCCACUCUCUUUUAGGCCAAUUAUUCUCAAGACAGAUCUAAUUCCUUACAGAGACAACUCGAAAGAGAUCAUAAUUCGCAGAAACUUUGAGGCGGUUCUUCGGAUUCUAGUCCUUUCAGCCUCAACUGCUUGCACAUUAAGCCAGUUGUUUUACAUUCAGAAGAAGGCAGACGACAUUCCUUUCAUAUCAUUAACCAUGUAUGGUGUUCAAGCUCUUGGUUUUGGCCUUCCCCUCUUCACCGGAACUGCAGUUCUUUUCAAAUGGAAGGAAUUUGAACAUACCAUGAACCGUUCUUAUGCUAGAAAAACUAUGUGGUUCCAAGUACUUGACUCCAUCACGAAGUCCCUUUCGUUGGUUGCAUUUGUACUCUCUCUAAGACUCUUUCAGAAGAUUUGGAAAGCUCGUCUCAGACUACCUGCUAAUAAGCCUCUAAAUGUGAAUCAAAAUCCAAGUGAUAAACCAGUUUUUCUUUCUUCCUGGACUAUUCACGCGGUGGGGUUUCUAGCUCUUCUCAUCAUUCACAACAAAAAGACAGAAGAUGGGGUCGGGAUCAGAAAUAACCAUAAGCCUCCCGAGUGGGUGACUGACCUGGGUGAGUACAUGGGUCUUGUUCAGGACUUCUUUUUGCUUCCUCAAAUCAUCGGUAAUAUCAUAUGGAAGACCCAGGUUAAACCCUUGAGGAAAGUUUAUUACAUCGGGUUCACAGCUCUGAGGUUGCUUCUCCGGGCCUAUGAUUAUGUAAGGGAUCCUGUCAUCGGAUUCUACAUCCAUCAAAGCGAUUUCAACCAAAGCUCAGAGUUCUUCUCAAAGUCUUUAGACAUUGUGAUAAUGGCAAUUCUUGUUGUUCUUGCUAUCACAGUUGGGGUCCAACAGAGGUGGAACUUCAACAAGCCUAAUAAUCAGGUGAAAGGCAAGCUAGACAAAAAGUCAGAACCAGGAAUUUUCAUUGGAUACAACAGUACCUCAAAAGCUUACAAAAUCUACUUGCCACAAACUAGUAAAAUUGUGGUAAGCAGAGAAGUUAACUUUUUGGAAAUGGAGAAAUGGAGCUGGGAUGAGCAGAAUCAACAGUAUAUUGAUGAAGAUGUUGAUGAACUUCCAGUUAGAGGCUUUAGGACACUUUUUGAUAUUUAUCAAAAGUGUAAUAUAGUUGUUGUUGAACUUGCAGGGUUUGUUGAGGCUGCUGAACAUAAAAAAUGGAGGGUUGCAAUGCAGGAGGAACUAAAUAUGAUUGACAAGAACAACACUUGGGAGCUAGUAGAUAGACCUUCACACAAAAAACCUAUUGGGGUUAAGUGGGUUUACAAAACCAAACUCAACUCUGAUGGUUCUAUAAACAAGCAUAAAGCAAGGCUGGUUGUCAAAAGGUAUGCACAAAUGUUUGGUGUUGACUUUUCGGAAACCAUUGCACCAGUAGCUUGUUUGGAUACAAUUAGGAUGUUUUUGGCUGUUGCAGCUCAAAUAAAAUGGAGGAUUUAUCAACUAGAUGUGAAGUCAGCAUUUUUGAAUGGCUACCCGGAGGAAGAGAUUUUUGUCGAGCAACCAGAAGGUUUUGCUAUCAAAGGAAAAGAAGAAAAAGUAUACCUCCUUAAGAAGGCCUUGUAUGGGUUAAGACAAACCCCUAGAGCCUAG